UGCCAGUUGACCGAUGAUGGCUUCAUCGACGAGGACUCCUGCUACGUGCCGUUUUGGUACACGAGGACGGGUGUUAUCGUAAAAUGGUCACUGUUUCUGGGCUUGACUAUGGCCAUCGCCCUGUAUCUCCUGGUGGGAUACCUGCAUGCGAAGAAACGGCUGCAAAAGGGGCUUCCGCCUCUCGCGUAUCACAGAUGGCUGGUGUCCCGGGCUGAGCGAGGCCGAGUUGACCCGCGUUUCCAACCCCCCAACGCGACGGUGCGCCCAUACUACUACAAUGCCAACGGCCAGCCCAUCGACAUGUACACGAUGCCUCCGCCAGUCUACGACCCCAACACGGCUCGGCCGCCCAACUACGAGGGCCCACCGCCGGCCGGCUCGACCAAGGCGAAUCCGUCGCAGUGGACCGAGUCGACCCAGCGACCAGCAGAUGAGGAGUACGCGGCGCCGCCAGGACCGCCGCCU